UUUAUUAUUCAAUUUUUAUUAUACAACCAUGAAAUAUACACUGCUGGUGUGCUGUGCUCUGUGGCAAUUGGCACAAUGUAAAACUUUACCGGACUACUUGAAGCAGUACUCGUGCAGCAAGUCAGAUCCCAAUUACACAAAAUGCAUCUUGGAGAGCUUCGAGGAUUCCAAGCAACACUUCCUGAACGGCAUACCAGAACUCAACUUCCCCCCAUUCGAUCCCUUCCUGCUGCCCAUCAUGUCAGUGAACAGGACCAUCAACGAUUUGGUCAGCAUCAAUGCCAUCUGCAAGAAUAUCAACGUCACCGGCUUCAGAAACACCAUCCUCGAUGACUUGAAGGCUGACCCACAAAAACAUACAGGAGAAAUCAGAUUGACUGUUCCUUGGAUGUUCUUGGAUAUGGACUAUGAAGUUCUUGGACAACUUCUCAUAGUACCAUUACAGAGCAGUGGCCAUUUUCAAGGAAAUUUCACUGAUACCCAGAUGUUUGUCAAGGGCAGCCUGAAAACUUACAAGAGAAAAGGAGUUGAUUACUUCAAGGUCAACAAGCUCAAUGCCAAAAUCACAAUAGGCGGUGGACAUGUACAGCUGACUUCCUCAGAUAAGGAAUACCAAUACGCAGCCGACCUGAUUUCGGACUUCUUCAACGAGAACCCUAGACGAGUUUUGGACGCUGUCAAUCCGAUCUUCAUCGAAUAUGCCAACGAGCUCUUCGCGGCUGUUGCUGACCAAACCCUGGCAGCUCUUCCAGCUUCCGAAUGGUUGCCAGCUUGAAUUUGUUAUUAUUUAUCUAUGAAGUAUUUUAAAAAAUAGUUGUGGAGGUGUCGUGUGAUAUAUCAUUAUCUAGGUAACUAAUUAUUUUCCUACAGCCCAAUCAAUUCGUUAUUCAUCAAGAGACAUUGUAGGCAUGGUGGAGUGAAAUUAUUUUCAUGUUGAUGGUUACUAAUACCACUCAGAAAGUAGUCGGAACCGUAUGACUAAUACUAGGUUUAUAGAUUCAACUAAUUUAAGAAUUCAAAGAAAUUGAAAUGUUGAAUACAAGAAAUCGUCUAUGAAGGUUCAUAUACAUGCCAUUGAAAUUGAUAAUUACAGAGUUGGAAAAUUAUGAAUUGUGAAGACCAACAAUACUUUUUAACGUUAUCUGGAGCGUCAAUCAUUAUAAUUUAACAUCUGAUUCAUGAUUAUUAUCAGUUUUGUGUAUAUAUAUCCUCAUUAUUAUUGAUAAUUGUUGUUCGUUAAUUCCUAAUUGGCGAGUCAGUAGAAUCUACAAACCCAGCAUAACAAUUUAACAAAUGAGAUAAAGAAGGGAGUAAUUUGAAGAGGGACAAGCUGUAUUAGUGUAUUAAUACAUUUUUCUUGUUAUAUUGGGUAAAAGGACACUUAUCAUGCGAUGGUUUUUCAUAUUUAGUGAACAAUCAUACUAGAUGAAGGCCAUUUGAUCAAUAAUCAAUUCAAAUUCGAGAUGUCAAAUGUCAACUUGUCAACAGAUUGCUUUUGAAUGACAUUACACAAGCCAUCCUGUACACGCCAUUAUUUUGAAUUAUAUUCUUCCUUCUCUUCACUGAAUAUGGAUAAAUCGCAAGAAAAUAAUAUUUCUAGUUGACUUUCAUAUAGAAAAAAAUCUGUCAUUGAAGUACAUGGUGAUAUAUAAAUUGUCCAAUUAUGAAAAAACAAGGGCCAAUUGUUCUAUAUGCGAUCCAAACGACAGGCGGAAACUUGAUGGAAAUCUUAUCGUUUGUGAAGUUUUUAAAUAAUGGUUUGUUCACAUUUUCAUUACCAGAUUCGUGUUUUUCAGACAAAAAUACAUAAGUACCAAAAAAUAUUAUCGAAAAAAAAAACACAUCGCAUGAUAAGUGCACUUUUACCUUAGGUAUAUUGCUUGAAAAAAUUCGAAAUAGCGCAAAAAAUUACAUAACAUAUUCGAAUCCUAAAAUGAUGAUCACUUCCAUAUCUCUUCAUUUUAUGGAAUUAUGUGCAAAGCUAACUUCACAAAAUUCAAAAAAAGAAACAAUUGCUUAUGUGCAAUGACAGAUAUAAUAUCUGAAAUUGCCAUAAUUCAUGUUGAAUUAGUUAUUUAUGCAACAAGUGCAAAAAGUGAAUGUUAAUUGAACUCACUAGUUGCAUACAACAUUUUUUCUACGUUCAUGCAAAAAGCAAAAAAUGAUUUAUUGAGGUGCUGCACUAGGUGUAGAAAAAUGAAAAACGCAACUUGAAUACUUUAUUAUUAAUAUCGAUUUGCAUUGAAACAGGAAUUAAUACGUUACGAACAAUUUAACUCAAACUUUAUUUUUACCCUCAAUGUUGAAAGUGAAUGAACAAUUGGUGCAAUUUUCAAUAUGAAUAUAAAAAAUGUUUGUCAUGAUGACAGCACGUUGAAGUAGAAUGACAGAUGAGUGCAAUAAAAACUUCAUUGCACUAAGUGCAAUAAAGAACUUCUUUUUCCACUAAAUAUAGUUCAAUAAAGUUCUGCUUUUUGCAUGAAUGUAGAAAAAGACUAUUUUCAAUCAAUCUUACAACAGUGACAGCCCCGAAUUUUAUAACAGAGCCUGAAGUUUACGAACCAUUCCCAAACCCCACCAUCUCAAAGGUCACAAUAAAUCACGUGCUUCAUUGUGGACCAGGGUGCAACUCCCUGAAUAAACUCAUCCUCCACAUUUUUUUGUAAAAAAUACUCAUCAUACAACACGAAUCUUCAACAAAUCAUGUGAUUGGAAUCCUUCGUAAAAAUUAGGCUUUAAUGUUUCAACCAACAAUGUCUACUCAAGAACAACGGAAAAGUUAGGGUGUUUGGAUUUGGGUAGGGAAUUCAAGAUUUCGCCAGUUUUGAGGGUUAUUAUUAUUUUGUUGUUCGUUGUUCAUACAUUUUGUAAUCUCUAGUCUAGUAGGAUAUGAUUUAUUUGUUCCCAACAAAAACUUGAUGAAAUUUAGUAGGUAUUUUGUGGAAUACCUAUUUUACAUAUUUGAAUGUUUUUAUGCAUCCUACUAUAUUAUUCAGUAGGUAUACGUAAUUUGUAUUUUGAAAUGAAAUAAAAAGAAUUGAUGUUA